GAUAAUGUAACAAUGUGUAUUGUCACGUAAGAUUUCGGUUUCGUUUUUCAGGUGCAAAAAAACUGUGAUGAAAUUGUACAUUCUUCGAAUUCAAUGGUUUUGAAGGUAAUCGUUAUUGGUGCAAGAAAGUGUGCUGAAACUGUGCAUUCUUCGAAUUCAAUGGCUGUGGAGUCGUCUUCAGUGGCAAUCGAUCAUGGAUUUUCCCCGCGAAAAUUUAAAACUACUUGUCCUUCUGCAAAUGAGAUAAACAUAAAGGAAGAGAAACUUGAUCCUACCGAGACUUCUGAAAAUGAAAUAUUAAGAAUUUUUCAAGCUUUGUUGCUGUCUACCUGUAUGUUACUUCUGAAUUAUCAUAGCGUCCGUUAUGGUCGGACAGAGUAUAGUAUCUUGGAAAAUGGUGAAAUUGCUUCAGGUUAUGCUCAUAAAGCUGUGAUCACUUUAACCUUAGGCUACUCUAUGCCUUAUACGAUCGUUUCUUUCUUCGCCAUUGGCAUGCUUGCUUAUUCUUUGAUCUCGAAAAAUCCACGUUGGAGUCUCCCAUCGAUAGUUCUCUAUCUGGCUGAUUUGGUUUGCGGUAUCAGCGAGGCCAUUGUCGCUAUUUGGUUAUUUUUCUCCUAUUUCCCAUUAUCGACCGCUCUGUCUUACACGUUAGGAACAAUUUUACUGAUAUGUAUGUUUCAGUCACUUAACACGUAUAUAUUUGCUUUUCGAUCAUACAGUACUCGAAUGGUAAAUUUUGCCAUUUAGUCGGAGAAAUUUGGAUGUGGCUGGGCGUCCUUCGACUGUACGAACAUAGAACCUUCAAAUGAAGCGUAGGAUCGACAUUCACGAGGAAAGGAGAAAACUCGAACGAAAGAGCGAAUACAUAAUUUCUCUAAAAUUAUAUUUUAUAAGCUACAACGUGUACAGUUUGUAAUAAAAUA